AUGGAGGCGCCGGCCCGCGCUCGGGGGCAGACGGUGGCGCGGCGGCUGUCCUUUUUGCUGGCUGCAGCUUCCUGUGCGGUGGGCAUUUACCUUUCAAGGUUUCGGGCCGGCAGGGCCGCCGCGGUGACCCACCCAAACCUGGCCCUCCUCAGAGCCGGUGAUGGCCGCGAGGUGCUGCUGAUCGGGACGGUGCCGGUUGACCUGGAGGAGGAGUCCUCGCACCUGGUGAUAGAUGCCCUCAGGGCCUUGCGGCCAGAGGUUGUGAUGCUGGAGGGCACCCCGCUUGCAGGUGUCCAAGCCAUGGUGUCCUCUGGACGCUGGGAGAUGCGCGGCAUGCGCAAGCCCAACGACACUGACUGGAUGCACCUCAAUCCGGACAUCCAGCCUGUAGAGGUGAUAAGGGAGCCGCCCAAGAAGCGGCACUUUCCCUUCUUCUCAGGGCCGGCGGCCGUGCCGGAGCGAUCUCUGGUGCCCAUCAAGGUGUCCUUCUGGGCCUACCACCUCACCAGCGCAGUGGGGGGAAAUAUCGCCGCUGCUGCAGGGCCGCCAACCGGUAGCUCCAUGGCUCUCGCAGCGCCGGCCUUCAUUGUCCCUUCCGCGCUGGCGCCGAACGUAGAGACAGCAUCGCUGCAGAGGACUAAGACUAGUGGCUACUCUGCGGGCGGCCGUGCAUCCAGUGGGGCAGGCGCCGCUUGUGCCGUCGCGGCCCUCGCGGGCGUGGCAACGUCCCGGCGGGAGCGCCGGGCGCGGAAGAGCGGCGGCGCGGUGGUGGUGGGCAUGGCGGAGUCCUACUACCGUGACAACCUGGUGGCAUGCCGCGCUCAGCUGAACGGCGCCGACGCGCCCACAGUUGAGGAGACGGAUCAGCACGUGCAGGACAUCCAGGCCUUUGCCAAGCAGGCACUGGCAGGUGCUUCGGCGGCAAUGGUCUUCACCAGCUCCAUGGAGGUAGCGGUGGCCUACCCGAUCUUUGCCCAGCAGAACUACGCGAACCCCCGCGAGUACACGGGCAAGAUUGUUUGCGCCAACUGCCACCUGGCGUCCAAGCCUCUCGAGGUGAGGCUGCCUCAGGCGGUGCUCCCUGAUACCAUCUUCAAGAUGGAGGUGGAGGUCCCCGCCAAGUACGCCAAGCGUCGCCAGCCGAACGCUGACGGCUCCAAGGGUCCCAUGAACAUCGGCGCCAUCGCUGUGAUGCCUGAUGGCUGGAAGCUGGCUCCCAAGGAUCGGCUGCCCAAGGUCUUGAAGAAGGAGAUGAAGGGCUUGGCUUGGGCUCCUUACAGCAAGGACUAUCCCAACAUCGUGGUGGCUGGACCUGUUCCAGGCGAGACCUACGAGAAGAUGGUGCUCCCCGUGCUGUCCCCGGAUCCCAACACCAACGACAAGGUCAUCUUUGGCAAGGGCAUCUUCUACUUCGGCGGCAACCGUGGCCGUGGCCAGGUGUACCCUGAGGGCAACCAGAGCAACAACAACCAGUUCUUCGCUGCAGCCACGGGAACCGUGACAGCCAUCGAUGGCCUCAAGGUGUCCAUCACGACCCCCUCCGGAGAAGUGAAGACUCAGGAGUGUCUGACGGGUGCCGACAUUGUGGUGCAGGUCGGCGAUGAAGUUGACAAGGAUGAGCCCAUCACCACCAACCCCAACGUGGGAGGCUUUGGGCAGGAGGAGAAGGAGUGCAUUCUCCAGGACAUGAAUCGCGUUUACGCCUUCUGCGCCUUUGCCUUCUCUUGCUUCGUUGCUCAGCUCAGCUUCGUGCUGAAGAAGAAGCAGUUUGAGAAGGUCCAGCUGGCUGAGGGCUUCUAA